CAGCGAAGGUAUUCUAGAAGGGUCCACACAUGUGGAAGUCUUUGUGACUUGUAUAACCUGGAGUCUUCCCAUUUGUAUAUAUAUAUAUGGGAAAUUUUCUGAAAGAAACAAAUAUUUCUAUUAUAUAUUGUAGUAUUGGUCUUUUGGAAAUUUGAUGCCGCCUAAAUUAUUGGUUUAGACCAUAUAAUUUUCCCUAAUUCAAAGUCAGCUUUCUGUAUGUGGUGCUUGGAAGUAAUGUCUUAUGACUCCAUCCUUUUCUUUUAGUCUAUGAAAUAGUUAUUACAGGCUUCAAUAAUGCAUAUAUACUACAUAUUUUAAUGCAACAAGUUGACAUUAUUAAUAUACCACCAUUAUUAAGUUGUCCAUCUCUGCAGAUUAUUUAUUUGCCAGUUAUGACACAAAACAGAAUUCUUUCAAGAAUGAUGAUGAGAAGAAGCCUUAUCUUGUUGUUCUGCCUUUUCUGCUCCUUCCACAUCGCUAUUUCAAGAUCUCAUUUUGCUCUAAAGAGGGGCGAUUCUAUAUCCGUCGGAAAAGAAUCGGAGUUCAUCACCUCCCCCGACAACUCAUUCACAUGCGGCUUUUACAGCCUCGGAACCAAUGCAAACUGGUUCGGCGUUUGGUUCACCAGAACCAACCCCAAAACGGUGGUCUGGACGGCCAACCGUAACCGCCCCGUCAACGUCAAGGGCUCGAAAGCAACACUCCGGCGAGACGGCACAAUGCUACUCACGGACGUAGACGACUCCGUCGUGUGGCAGACGAACACAAUCUCAGCUAAUGUGGCGGCGGCCGAGCUUCUCGAUUCUGGAAACCUCGUCUUGAAGAACCCACGAGGCGAAAUCCUCUGGCAAAGCUUCGAUUUUCCGACCGACACUCUCUUGCCUUCUCAGCCUCUGACGAAGAGCACUAGGCUGACAUCGGCAUUAAGCAUGGACAAUUACGGAUCGGGUUACUUUAAUCUGUACUACGGUAGUGACAAUGUUCUGAGGCUGAUAUCUGACAGCCCAGAUACUUCGACGAUCUAUUGGCCGAAUCCCGACCGAGAUAUUUACUGGAACGGAAGAACGAACUACAACAGCAGCAGAAUAGCGGUUCUUGAUGAAAUGGGCAGGUUUGUUUCCAGUGAUCUACUGCAAUUCAAUGCUUCUGAUAUGGGUUAUGGGAUCAAGAGGAGACUCACAAUAGACUACGAUGGCAAUCUUAGAGUGUACAGUUUGGAUAAUUCGACAUCCCUAUGGGCUGUUACUUGGCAAGCUCUUACACAACCUUGUAAUGUGAAAGGUGUUUGUGGAAGAAAUGCGAUAUGCGUUUAUGCACCGGAGCCAAAAUGCACCUGUCCGCCUGGAUUCAUGGUGAAAGAUUCGAGCGAUUGGAAUUCGGGAUGCAAUGCCACGUUCGACGAAACACUCUUGAAUUCGGAGAAGGUCAAAUUCUUGGAAAUACCACACACCGAUUUCUAUGGUUUUGAUCUGAAUUCGACGAGCCCUGUCACACUGGAAACCUGCAGAGAUUUGUGUCUGAAAGAUUAUCGUUGCCAAGGAUUCAGCUACAGGCUGUUAGGACAAGGGUUAUGUUAUGUCAAGAGCGCACUUCUCAACGGAUACGCCUCACCGGAUUUUCCCGCGAGUAUAUACAUCAAGAUUCCCGAUAGUUUGGAGCCGUCGAAACCCAAUAUAUUCCAUCCCGUUAUUAGCCAGGUGUGUGGAUCGAUUGCUGCUGAGAUUACAGUAGGAUUGCCUUCGAUGUACAGUUUCAACAGCAAAAAGGUGAGAUGGGCUUAUGUAUACUCUUUUGCUGCAGCUUUGGGGGUGAUUGAGGCUACAUUUGUGCUCAUAGGGUGGUGGUUCUUGUUCAGAAAGCACGGUGUUCCUGCUUCGGUGGAGGCUGGAUAUCGAAUGAUAUCGAGCCAGUUCAGGCAGUACAGCUACUCGGAGAUCAAGAAAGCCACCGGAAACUUCAAGGAAGAGUUAGGCAGAGGAGGCUCGGGGGUUGUCUACAGAGGGGUUUUGCCGGAUGAAAGGGUUGUGGCUGUUAAGAGAUUGGGGGAUGUUUAUCAGGCGCAAGAAGAGUACUUUGCGGAGAUCAGUACUCUCGGGAAGAUCAAUCACAUGAAUCUUGUUAGAAUUUGGGGGUUUUGUUCGGACAGAAGGCACAGGCUGCUUGUGUAUGAAUACAUCGACAACCUGUCGUUGGACAAGCAUAUCUUCAGCGGUGGCAGCCAUCUCGGUUGGAAACAGAGGUACUCGGUGGCGGUGGGGAUGGCCAAGGGUUUGGCGUAUCUACACCAUGAGUGUUUGGAAUGGGUAAUCCACUGUGAUGUGAAGCCGGAGAAUAUACUUCUGGACAGUGAUUUUCAGCCGAAGAUUGCUGAUUUCGGGCUGGCGAAGCUGUCGCAGAGAGAAGGGCCUGGUACGGAGUUUACUAGGGUUCGUGGGACGAAGGGGUAUAUGGCGCCAGAAUGGGCGUCGAAUCAUCCAAUUACGGCGAAAGUUGAUGUGUAUGGGUAUGGGGUGGUGAUUUUGGAAAUGGUGAGGGGGUUAAGAUUAUACGAUUGGGUGGUGGAGGACGACGAUGGUGAUGAGGCUGCACUGGCGAAUUUUUGCCGGAAAACAAUGGAGAAGAUGGAUUUUGGGGGCUCGGCUUGGAUUGAAGGUGUUGUGGACCCGAGAUUGGAAGGGAAGUUUAGUAGAAACCAGGCGACGGCGUUGAUUCGGACGGGGAUAUCUUGUGUGGAGGACGAUAGAAACAAGCGGCCAACAAUGGCGUCUGUGGUGCAGACGUUGCUGGAAUGUGAAGACGAAGACGAACACGAAGCUUGAGGUGAAUCCUAUUUUCUGCAGAUAUAUAUAUAUAU